UAAUAAUAUCGGUCAGUCGUGUAAGCGCCGCUUUCUACGGUUGUUUUUGCGCGUCUGUGUCCUGCGUAUCGAUUGUAGUAUUUGUUGUUUUGUUUAUCGUGUGGUGGUUGUGGUGCGUGAAAUAGUGUCAGUGCCUUCGGUUUAUUUUUUGAAAAUAAAAACAACAUGGGAAACAUCCAUACUGUCGGCCCGAAUGAAGCGCUUAUAGUUUCAGGAGGAUGUUUCGGGUCGAUGACGAAGAAGACCAUCGUGGGCGGCUGGGGCUGGGCCUGGUGGCUGGUCACCGACGUGCAGCGCAUUUCGCUUGAGGUCAUGACCCUCAACCCGAUGUGUGAGUACGUGGAGACCGCCCAAGGCGUCCCGCUCACGGUCACCGGCGUCGCCCAGUGCAAGAUCAUGAACGAAGACGAGCUCCUCACGACUGCCUGCGAGCAGUUCCUGGGGAAGAGCGUCAAGGAGAUCAAGAUGACCAUACUGCAAACACUCGAGGGCCACCUGAGAGCUAUUCUCGGAACGCUUACAGUAGAAGAGGUGUACAAGGACAGAGAUCAGUUCGCGGGUCUGGUGCGCGAGGUGGCGGCGCCCGACGUCGGCCGGAUGGGCAUCGAGAUCCUGUCCUUCACGAUCAAGGACGUGUACGAUGACGUCCAGUACCUGCAGAGCUUGGGCAAGGCGCAGACGGCGGCCGUGAAGCGCGACGCUGAUGUUGGGGUCGCGCAGGCCAAUAGGGAUGCUGGCAUCAGGGAAGCCGAGUGCGAGAAGAGUGCCAUGGACGUGAAGUACUCGAUGGACACCAGGAUAGAGGACAACACCAGGCUGUUCAAGCUGCAGAAGGCACAGUUCGACCAGGAAGUCAACACCGCUAAAGCCGAAGCAGCUUUAGCGUACGAGUUGCAAGCCGCGAAGAUUAAACAAAAGAUUCGUAACGAAGAAAUCCAGAUCGAAAUUGUGGAGCGCCGUAAACAAAUCGAGGUGGAGCAGAUGGAGAUCCUCCGUCGCGAGGAGGAACUGGCAUCGACAGUGCGUCUGCCCGCCGAGGCCGAGGCCUACCGUCUACAGGCCAUCGCCGAGGGCAAACGUACCCAAACGGUGGAAGGCGCGAAGGCUGACGCCGAGCGUAUCAAAGUUCUCGGUCUGGCCGAGGCUCUGGCCAUCGGAGACGUUGGCAAGGCUGACGCCGAGCGCAUGUUGGCCAAGGCCAAGGUGUACAAGCAGUAUGGAGAAGCUGCGCUCAUGGCGUUGGUGCUCGAGGCUCUGCCUAAGAUCGCAGCGGAGGUGGCGGCGCCGCUGGCCAAGACGGACGAGAUCGUGCUGGUGGGCGACGGCGGCGCCACGGGCGAGCUGGCGCGCCUCGCCGGCGGCCUGCCGCCCGCGCUCAAGACGCUCACCGGCCUCGACCUCACCGCGGUGCUGAAACGUCUGCACCCGGCUACCGGCGGCAGCGCUCCUGAAGAACCCCCUGUGGUCGCCAACUCGACCAAGAAGGUGGCAGCUUGCUAAGCGCCCGGAGCCCCGACAAAUGCAGUUACCCUCGAGAUCUGGAUGUUACCCUCUUCGCAAGUUUUCAUAUAUUGACGUGAAAUAUUUUUCGAAAAUAGAAUAGGGAAUAUGCAUUUUUUUAAUACUAUUCUGUAACACAUCCAAAAUUUAAACUAAGAAACUAGAAAAAAAUAAUUCAAACCACUAUCAUUUACGGGAAAUUGAAACUCGGCCAUUUUCGACGUCACACGUUCGGGCACACGAGUUGGAGCGAGAAAAGAAUAACUUUUUCUCACUCCCACUUACAGACGUCAAUUGUAACCUGACGUCACGUUUGAGAAUUUGUGUGGGAAUUAACAAAAGCCACUUUUUAAAAAUGAAAUUUCACUAUUAAAUAUACGUGCAUAUUCCCUAUUAAUAUAUAUGUAUGUGUAUUGUAAACUGUAGUCUUGGAGCAGUUGUGUGUAGAUGUUAGUAUUGUGAUAUUUACAUUACAUCGUACAAUUCGUACAAUUUCUAGCCUAGCUCGUCGUGGAGAAUAUAAUCAAGAAGAGUGCAUUUGUUCAUAGUUCCAAGCAAUAUUAAUGUGUAUGGUAGGUAUUUUUAUCUUUGAAAUGUACCCCACCGUAUGUCAGUAAUUACAGUAUGGAUGUCAUAAGAGAACUUAUAGUUUUUAAAUACAUAUGAUUACAACAACUAGAACUAAAAGAUCCUUAGAUUUUGUACUGUGUAGAAUAUUUGUAGUUUAACAAUUUUGAGACGGGUUUAGACUAGUAAAUGCCUAUUAAACUUCGUUACGUGAGAUUUUCAAAGUUCUCCGUGGAAUAUUUGACCCUUCAUAUCAUCAACGCGAAAUAGAUGGCGUUUCGCUGCAUCAUAAGUAUCGUGGGCUGAACUGAACUCUCAAACUCCAACUUGUGAUAGUCAGAGUUGCCGUACAUGCAUCUAAAUUUACGGAGCAAUGCAGCCCCAUCUUGUUUUCCAGGGAAAUCUUAGGCAAGACAUUGUUUAAGACUUCUUACACUGUUACACAACAUACUGUUAAAUGGUAAAAGUCGUAAACCUUAUUCUAAAGAUAGGGUCUACCGAAGGUUAUUUACAAGUGUUGUUAAAUGGAGCACCACAAAGUAGCGUCUUUUGAGUGACAACGCAUAGACAACUCCAUGGUGCGACGUAACGUUGGCGCUUCUACACCAGACCCUUUAGCACAACUUGCCUUGUCGCGCGCGAGUCCAUACA